CUGGAGGUGUCUUAUACUUUGGUAUAUGUAGUUGUGAACCAGUGUCGUAGAUCCCAAUUUGGCUCACCAUUCUCCACAAGAAGAAAAAAAGACAAAAGAGAUUUUGCACUUGCUUCUUCUCACUUAUCUGCAAAAAGAAAACAUGAGAUCGUUUCUUUUAUAUUCUUUGAGUGCUUUCAUGUUACUUGAAGCAUAUGGUUUUAGUGAUGAAACUGAUAGGAAAGCGUUGCUGGACUUCAAAUCUCAAGUUUCAAAAGACACACAAGUUGUCUUGUCCUCAUGGAAUAAGUCAUUCCCUCUGUGCAACUGGAAAGGAGUUACAUGCGGCCUUAAACACAAGAGGGUUACUCGUUUGGACCUCCCAGGGUUGCAAUUGGGCGGGGUGAUAUCGCCAUCUAUUGGUAAUCUUUCGUUUCUCAUAAUACUCGAUCUCUCUAAUAACUCUUUUGGUGGAACCAUCCCUCACGAGGUGGGAAAUUUGUUUAGACUUCAUGUCUUGGUUAUGAGCUUUAAUGAUCUGGGAGGAAUGAUUCCAAUCAGCAUAUUUAACUGCUCUAGAUUGUUGGGACUUUAUUUAAAUUCAAAUCAUCUUCGAGGAGGUGUUCUUUCAGAGCUAGGGUCAUUGAAGAAGCUUGUCAGCUUGAAUCUUGGUGUAAACAACUUGAAAGGAAAGCUCCCUGAAUCUCUUGGAAACUUGACAUCACUCAAAAGAGUUAGGUUUAGUCAAAACAGUAUGGAAGGAGAAAUUCCGGGUGAUAUAGCUAGGUUGAAUCAAAUGGUUGUUCUUAGUUUAGAAAAGAACAAGUUCUCUGGUGGUUUUCCUCACGGAAUAUACAAUUUCUCAUCACUGAAGUAUUUUUUCAUACAAAAUAAUCAUUUCUCGGGUUCCUUGAGAACUGAUUUUGGUAAACUGCUACCAAACCUAGUGGAGUUCAAUAUGGGAUAUAAUUAUUUCAAAGGAGACAUUCCAGCAACACUUGCCAAUAUGUCGACUCUUCAACAUUUUUUAAUCAAUGACAACAGCAUGACAGGAAGUAUUCGUUCCAGCAUUGGAAAAUUACGGCACUUGCAAUAUGUGUUUCUUUCUAAUAAUUUUUGGGUUGGAGAUCUUCAGUUUCUUGAUGCUUUAACUAACUGCACCCAACUAGUAGCUUUAUCGACUAGUGGAAGUAGGCUUGGCGGUCACUUGCCCAGCUCCCUUGCAAAUCUCUCCACAAACCUCCGGUUUUUAGACCUUGCAAACAAUCUCAUCUCUGGAAACAUUCCUCACCAAAUUGGGAAUCUCGUAAGCCUACAAGAGCUCACGUUAGAAGGAAAUCUGUUAACGGGUUUACUCACGGCCUCUAUUGGUAAACUCUUGCGAUUACAGGUAUUGAAUCUCAGUUCAAAUAGUAUAUCUGGAGAGAUACCAUCUUCUAUAGGAAACCUCACUCGAUUAGAGAGACUAUAUUUGGCCAACAAUAGAUUUGAAGGAACCAUUACUCCAAGUCUCAGUAACUGUACUUCACUACUACACUUAUUGAUUGGGUCUAAUAAGUUGUCUGGGACUAUACCUCAGGAUAUUAUGCAAAUUCAGUCCCUCGUUAAACUAGAUGUGUCAGGUAAUUCUUUGACCGGCUCUCUACCAGAAGAUCUUGGACAACUUAAAUUUCUUGUUGAGCUAUGGGCUGCACAUAAUAAAUUAUCCGGACAACUUCCACACACUUUGGGAAACUGUCUCUCCUUGGAAACACUUUUGCUGGAAGGAAAUCAUUUUGAUGGAGCCUUUCCAGAUAUACAAAGGUUAAAGGGUCUUAAAAUAAUUGAUUUCUCCAAUAAUAGUCUCUUUGGAAGUAUACCUGCAUAUCUUGCAAACUUUUCUGCUUUGGAAUAUCUCAAUCUAUCUUUUAACAAUUUCGAGGGGAGCGUUCCAACGGAAGGAAAAUUUCAGAAUGCUUCUAUAGUUUCGAUCUUUGGAAACAAAAAUCUCUGUGGAGGCAUCAAGGAGUUGAAACUCAAGCCAUGCUCAAGGGGAUCAAAGCAUUCCUCUCGUUCAAAACAUGUAAAGAUUGGAGUAAGCAUUGGCAUAUCGUUUCUCUUGCUGCUGUUGUUCGUAGCUUCUGUUUAUCUAUGUUUGUUCAGAAAAAGAAAGAAGAACCAGCAGAUCAAUAACUCAGCUACGUCCACAUUGGAGGUCAUCCAUGAGAGGAUGAGUUACAUAGAGAUCCGAAAUGCAACUGUUGGCUUCUCUUCAGGCAAUAUGAUUGGUUCAGGAAGUUUUGGUACCGUUUUUAAAGCCUCCUUCCCUGCAGAGAACAAGGUUGUUGCUGUGAAAGUUUUAAACAUGCAGAGACGUGGAGCAAUGAGGAGCUUUAUUGCAGAAUGUGAAUCCCUCAAGGGCAUAAGGCAUCGUAACCUUGUGAAACUACUGACGGCUUGUUCGAGUAUUGAUUUUCAAGGAAACGAAUUCAAAGCACUCAUCUACGAGUUCAUGCCUAAUGGAAGCCUUGAUAUGUGGCUGCACCCUGAGGAAGUGGAAGAGACUACUCAUAGGCCCUCAAGAGCCUUGACACUUCUUGAGAGGCUCAACAUUGCCAUAGAUGUGGCUUCUGUUUUGGAGUAUCUUCAUGUUCAUUGUUUUGAAGCUAUCGCUCAUUGCGAUAUUAAGCCAAGCAACGUCCUCCUAGACGAUGAUAUGACUGCGCAUGUUAGCGACUUCGGUCUGGCUCGUCUUCUCAACUUUGAUCAGGAGUCAUUCUUCAACCAACUAAGUUCCGCUGGGGUUAGAGGAACAAUCGGCUAUGCCGCACCAGAGUAUGGAGUGGGAGGACAGCCAUCAAUACAUGGUGAUGUGUAUAGCUUUGGGAUUCUGCUUUUGGAAAUGAUCACCGGGAAAAGACCAACCAGUGAUUUUUUGGAGGGAAACUUUAGCCUACACAGCUACAUCAAAUCUGCGUUGCCAGAAGGAGUGUUGGAUAUUACAGACGAAUCCAUUCUUGAUAAUGGUCUCCGAGUCGGCUUCCCUGUUGCUGAGUGUUUGACGCUGGUUCUGGACGUUGGACUUCGGUGUUCUGAAGAAUCUCCUACGAACAGAUUGACAGUGAGUGGAGCUAGAAAGGAGUUAAUCUCAAUGAGAGAGAGGUUUUUUUAAACCAGAAGAACAGCCAGACGUUGAAGUGUUUAUGGUUUUCUUCUACAAACUUUGAAAGCUACUUAAAAGCUUACUUUGAGGCAUCUAAAACAUCGUUUUCACAAUGUGUGGUUUUUCUUUUUUCUUUUUUUUUUAAUGUGUGGUUUUUCUCUUUAUGUACUCAUAUGAUUACUGAGUAUUGUUAGCGAAUGCUUGUUAUUUGCUGACAGAAGAUAAAUGUUUGUGAUUUUGUUUCGUUUUUUUUUUGGUUUACCUUGUAUCUAACAUUUUUUUUUACU